CUCGGAUCCGCCGGGUGGAACUCUGGCUGCAGCCGCGGGAGGUCCGGACUCCGGCGGCCAUGGGACUUGCCGGUGAUAGAGGACAUAUAUCUUAACUGGGUUGCUCUAAGAACUGAUGCGUAAACCAUCUCAGCAUGGCCUAUAGAGGAAGAGGUGGGCCUGGCCAGCCUCCCUCAGCUGCACUCUCCCCCGUUAGCCCUGGAAGUCUUUCCACCUCUAGAACCAGUGCUCAUAACAUAUGCAUGGUGUCUGACUUUUUCUACCCAAAUAUGGGAGGUGUGGAAAGUCACAUUUACCAGCUCUCUCAGUGCCUGAUUGAAAGAGGGCACAAGGUCAUAGUUGUUACCCAUGCGUAUGGAACUCGGAAAGGCAUCCGUUACCUCACUAAUGGCCUCAAAGUCUAUUACUUGCCUCUGAAAGUCAUGUACAACCAAUCUACAGCCACGACCCUCUUUCACAGUCUGCCAUUGCUCAGGUACAUAUUUGUUCGGGAGAGAGUCACGAUAAUCCAUUCACAUAGUUCUUUCUCUGCCAUGGCCCAUGAUGCUCUCUUCCACGCCAAGACAAUGGGGCUCCAGACAGUCUUCACGGACCAUUCCCUUUUUGGAUUUGCUGAUGUCAGCUCGGUGCUUACAAACAAGCUUCUAACUGUGUCUCUUUGUGACACAAACCACAUCAUUUGUGUCUCCUUUACUAGUAAGGAAAAUACCGUGCUAAGAGCAGCACUGAAUCCUGAAAUAGUAUCCGUCAUUCCUAAUGCGGUAGAUCCUACUGACUUCACUCCAGACCCAUUUAGAAGGCAUGAUAGUAUAAUAACUGUUAUUGUUGUCAGCAGACUUGUUUACAGAAAAGGGACCGAUUUGCUUAGUGGUAUAAUACCUGAACUCUGUCAGAAAUAUCCAGAUUUACAUUUCAUAAUUGGAGGAGAGGGACCAAAGAGAAUUAUUUUGGAAGAAGUGCGGGAAAGAUACCAGCUACAUGACAGGGUACGUCUUUUGGGAGCCUUAGAACACAAGGAUGUUAGAAAUGUAUUAGUUCAAGGACAUAUUUUUCUUAAUACCUCCCUUACGGAAGCAUUCUGCAUGGCGAUCGUGGAAGCAGCCAGUUGUGGUUUACAGGUUGUAAGUACCAGGGUUGGUGGAAUUCCUGAGGUACUUCCAGAAAAUCUUAUUAUUUUAUGUGAGCCUUCAGUAAAAUCCUUGUGCGAAGGUUUGGAGAAAGCUAUUUUCCAACUGAAGUCGGGGAUGUUGCCAGCUCCAGAAGAUAUCCAUAACAUAGUAAAGACUUUCUAUACCUGGAGGAAUGUGGCAGAGAGAACUGAAAAAGUCUAUGACCGGGUGGCUGAGGAAGCUGUGUUGCCAAUGGACCAACGACUGGACAGGCUCAUCUCUCACUGCGGCCCAGUGACAGGCUACAUUUUUGCCUUGUUGGCUGUGUUCAACUUUCUCUUCCUCGUUUUGCUGAGAUGGAUAACUCCAGAUUCCAUCAUUGAUGUUGCAGUAGAUGCCACUGGGCCAAGGGGCACCUGGACGCAUCAGCAUCCUCACAGUGAAGACAAGGUUGAGGAUAGUGAAAAGUGUAAAACCAGGUAGAAGAGAGCCUGGCUUGUAAGAUUUCAAUGUUUUGUAAUAGUUCUAUGAAGAUUAUAUUGAAAAUGACCUUGCUUUUUUUUUUGAAAGUUAAUUUAGUAAGUUAUGCUACCUCUAUAUCAUUCAAUGUUUUAUUUUGAGGAAAGAUAGAAACUUAUGCAAUUCCUGAGUGUACAAACUCCUUGCACUUACUUAAAAUUUAGGAGAGAAGAUUUAAGCCACUCAGGUAUGAAAUUUUUCAGAUUACUGAAAUCCCUCUAGCAGAAAUGUUUUAACAUUAUAUUUUGAGAGCUUUGGGUGCUGAAGGGCCAAACGUUUUCUGGGCAUUUUUUGGCCAGUUUUUAAUGUUAUACCGUUAAUUUGACACUCACCAAAUGUUUACAAAUUUUCUUUGGGGAAGUACAACAACUACAUAAACUAUUUUAAGUCAUAGUCAUCGACGUUUAUUAACAUUUCGGUCAUGUUCUUACACAUUUGUUGGGUCCACUCCGUAGGUGUUGCAUAGAAGUAGCAGGUUUCUUGUAAAUAGGUUUGUUAGCUAGCACCAUGUUUUGAGUACCUGCUAUGUGUAGCAUGCCAAAUUAGGUACUUCCUGCCAUUGAAGGGCCAGGGAUACAUUCACUCUUUAUCAUUCAAAUGGCUUCCUUCAUUGUAGUCACAGUUGACAUAAAAUGAUAGAAUAUCCAACAUGCCAAAAAUGCUCAUGCUAAUUCAAUGCCAGGAAAAAAAACGCCAGCAUACUCCAAGUACUUUACUUUUGUGUUCUAGGUAGAACCUUCACUUUCAGUUGUAUCUAUGAAGAUCCUUUUUGCUUUUCAAACACUAGGGACCGAUAUCACUGUUGAUGAUCGUGCAGAGAAACCUUCCCCACUCAGUGCAUAAUUCAGUCCUCUGUAAAUGCCUUCAUAUUUCCUGAGCAGAAUGUAUGAGGUGUGUCAUCUCCAAACCAGCUGCUGCCCUGUCUUUUUGAUAUGUCACUCCCCUUCACUGUGGCCUAGCUGAUGUCUGAUACGUAUUGUCAGUGUGCACAGGCUUUACUCCCCAGUGUUGUAUUUAUAACAGCUCGAGCCUGAGAAUGUCAGGAACACAGUCCCUGUGUAGGUGGGUGUUAACUGUAAUUGUUACCCAGAGCCAUGGGUUUUUUUUAACCCCAGAUUAUCCACAUGGUGUGUAUUUUUAAUUUUUCAAACUCUUUAGAAUAUGUUUUUGUGAAAAAGGGACUGUGAAAUCCAAACCAUGGGGCACGUGGGGGUACAUUGGAGAGAUUCUGUCAGUAUUGUGAUUCUGUACAGGAUUUUUUUAAAAAGACAUCAUUCAUAAAACUACUUUUUAAAAAGUAUCAAUAUGCCUAUUAACUGGUUGCCACUGUUACAAAAAGAAAAUCUGUUUUGUUUGUAUUAAAACACAAAUACGAGAGUGCAAUUUUUAAAAUCUAGAAGGUUAGGGGUUCUUUUGCUGGAGAAAAGUGAUCAAACCAUUCAGUCUUACUGGGAUUUGUAUGCAUAGAAAGUGACAUGUAAAUAUGAAAUAAACAGUGCCAGUAUUCAUGGUAAAGGGAGAAACUGUAAUGUUUGGUUUUAUUUAUUCUACUAGGCAAUUUUUAAAGGUACCUUACUAUUUUGUUCUUGUAUUUUUGCUUCUUAAUUUUUUUCAGAAUUGUCAUUUAAUUCUAAAAUUCUCAUUGAAGAUGGAAAUAGAAUUUGGAGUUAGUUACGUUUGCAUGAAAUUUACAAGUUAAAAUUAUUUUGCUUGUUUUUUAAUAAAUAGAAGUAAAUUUAUUUCUCCUACUUAAAUCUUAAUUUUCAGAUUUUUCUGGUUACCUUACUUGUAACUGUCAGUAUUGCACUGGUCAGUAUGUGAAACAUAUUGUUCUACCCUGUUAACUUAACAUUCAUUUAAAAGUGAACUUACAGUGAUGAGGAAUUUAUGAAAAAUACAUUGUAUUUCUUUUGGUGUUAGAAAAAGUUGCACAUGUAAAACUGAUUUGUUACAACAUGCUACAUGUCCAAAAAUAAAGAACUGA